AUGGCUGGUCCUACCUCUGAGAACCGAGUGGCACUGGACAUUGUGCAUCCAGUCCGUGUGGAUGCAGGGGGCUUCUUCCUGUCCUACGAGCUGUGGCCACGUGCACUGCGCAAGCGGGACGUGUCUGCUCGGCACAGCACACCGGCCUACUAUGAAUUGCUGUACCGUGGGCGAGAGCUGCGCUUCAACUUGACCACCAACCAGCACCUGCUGGCUCCGGGCUUCGUGAGAGAGACACGGCGGCAUGGAGGCCUGGGCCACACACACAUCCAAGUCCACAGUCCUGCCUGCCACCUGCUCGGUGAGGUGCAAGACCCUCAGCUUGAGGGUGGCCUGGCUGCUAUCAGCGCCUGCCAGGGCUUGAAAGGAGUGUUCCAGCUCUCCAACGAGGAAUACUUCAUUGAGCCUCUGGAUGAAGUCCCAGCACGACCCGGCCACGCACAGCCCCAUGUGGUCUACAAGCGACAAGCCCCCAAGAGACAAGCGGAGUGGAAUGUCUCCAGGACUCCAGGCACCUGUGGGGUACAAGCCUCCCAGGAGCUGGAGUCACGGCGAGAGCGCUGGGAACAGCGGUGGCAGCGGCAGAGACCAAGGCGUUUGCACCAGCGCUCGGUCAGCAAGGAGAAGUGGGUGGAGACCCUGGUGGUAGCCGAUGCCAAAAUGGUGGAGUACCACGGGCAGCCGAAUGUUGAGAACUAUGUGCUGACCAUCAUGAACAUGGUGGCCGGCCUGUUCCAUGACCCCAGCAUUGGGAACCCCAUCCACAUCACUGUCGUGCGCCUGGUUCUGCUGGAAGAGGAGCAGGAGGACCUAAAAAUCACACACCACGCAGACAACACCCUGAGGAGCUUCUGCAAGUGGCAGAAGAACAUCAACAUGAAGGGAGACACCCACCCCCUGCACCACGACGCUGCCAUCCUGCUCACCAGGAAGGACCUGUGUAUGGCCAUGAAUGAGCCCUGCGAGACCCUCGGCCUGUCCCACGUGUCAGGCAUGUGCCAGCCACACCGGAGCUGCAACAUCAACGAGGACACAGGCCUGCCCUUGGCCUUCACCGUGGCCCAUGAGCUUGGGCACAGUUUUGGCAUUCAGCAUGACGGAAACGGCAAUGACUGUGAGCCCGUUGGGAAACGGCCUUUCAUCAUGUCUCCACAGCUCCUGUACGACGCCAUUCCCCUCACCUGGUCCCGCUGCAGCCGCGAGUACAUCACCAGGUUCCUUGACCGGGGCUGGGGCCUGUGUCUGGAUGACCCUCCCACCAAGGACAUCCUAGACUCUCCCUUGUUGCCGCCCGGGGUCCUCUAUGAUGCAAGCCACCAGUGCCGCCUACAGUACGGGUCCUACUCUACCUUCUGCGAAGACAUGGACAAUGUCUGCCACACUCUCUGGUGCUCCGUGGGCAUCACCUGUCACUCCAAGCUGGAUGCAGCCGUGGAUGGCACCAAGUGUGGGGAGAGCAAGUGGUGUCUCAGUGGGGAGUGUGUUCCUGUGGGCCUCCAGCCUGAGGCUGUGGAUGGUGGCUGGUCCGGCUGGAGCUCCUGGUCCGUCUGUUCACGGAGUUGUGGCAUAGGUGUGCAAAGCUCUGAACGACAGUGCACACAGCCGUUGCCCAAGUACAAGGGUAAAUACUGUGUGGGUGAGCGUAAGCGUUACCGCUUGUGCAACGUGGAGGCCUGUCCACGCGACCGCCCCUCCUUCCGCCAUGUCCAGUGCAGCCACUUUGAUGCUAUGCUGUACAAAGGCCACCUGCACACUUGGGUGCCUGUGGUCCAUGUUGAGAACCCUUGCGAGCUGCACUGCCAGCCCUUGAAAGAGCACUUUUCGGAGAAAUUGCGGGACGCCGUGAUUGACGGCACCCCCUGCUACCAGGGCCAGGCCAGCCGGGACCUCUGCAUCAACGGCAUCUGCAAGAACGUCGGCUGUGACUUCGAGAUUGACUCGGGAGCCGAGGAGGACCGCUGCGGUGUGUGCCAUGGGAAUGGCUCCACCUGUCACACUGUGAGCCAGACCUUUGAUGAAGCCAGCGGCCUGGGGUACGUGGACGUGGGGCUGAUUCCAGCUGGGGCACGUGAGAUCCGCAUCGAGGAGCUGGCAGAGGCUGCCAACUUCCUGGCUCUGCGGGGCGAAGACCCGGAGAAGUACUUCCUCAACGGUGGCUGGGCCAUCCAGUGGGCCGGGAACUACCACGUGGCAGGCACAACCUUCACCUACUCACGCACCGGCAACUGGGAGAACCUCACAGCGCCCGGCCCCACUGCUGAGCCAGUGUGGAUCCAGCUGCUUUUCCAAGAGAACAAUCCUGGGGUACGCUAUGAGUACACCAUCCACAGGGAGGCAGACAGCCAUGGCGAGAACCAGCUGCCGGAGUUCUCCUGGCACUUCGCACCCUGGACCAAGUGCACUGUCACCUGUGGCACAGGCAUGCAGAGGCAGAGCGUUUACUGCAUGGAGGAGCAGGUGGGGCCCGUGGACGAGGAGCACUGUGAUCCCCUGGACCGACCUGAUGACCGCCAGAGGAAGUGCAGCGAGGACCCCUGCCCGGCUCGGUGGUGGGCAGGAGAGUGGCAGCCGUGCUCCCGCUCCUGUGGGCCCAGGGGCUUCUCCCGCCGGACGGUGCUGUGUAUUCGCAGUGUGGGGCUGGACGAGCAGAGCGCCCUGGAGCCGAGUGCCUGUGAGCACCUCCCGCGGCCCUCCAUCGAGACCCCCUGCAACCAUGAUGUGCUCUGCCCGGCCACCUGGGCUGUGGGGAACUGGUCUCAAUGCCCGGUGACAUGUGGGGCGGGCAUUCACCACCGAGUUGUCCUCUGCACGAAUGACACCGGUAUCCCCUGCGAUGAGGGCCAUCGGCCAGCAAGUGAGACUACAUGCAUCCUGCCGCCUUGCCCACGGCCCCUGCGCUUGCUGGGCUCAGAAGGUUCCGGCAGUGGUGGCUCCAGCCAGGAGCUCUUCAACGAGGUGGACUUCAUCCCCCGGCGCCCGGUCCCCCACCCAGUGCCCCACUCCACGCUGGAGCCCACAAGCAUGGGCAAUGCCAUCACCGAGGAUGACCUGGAGCCUAGCCCCAUGGGGCCCGUGUUUGUUGAUGAUUUCUACUAUGACUACAAUUUCAUUAACUUCCACGAGGACUUGUCCUAUGGGACCCUGGAGGAGCUGGGCCCAGGCCUGGCAGGCACCCCCUCACCCCUGGGCAUUCCCAUACCUGCCACAGAGCCUUCUGCAGCCAAGGACAAGGGUGACCUGAGAGAUUGGUCUCCUAUCCCCUCACCCAGCCAGGCUGACCACUUUCUGCCCCCACCCUCAGAGCAAGCCCCAGCCCCAGAGAGUCCCUUGUCCAAUUUCUUACCUGAGAAAAAAGCCCCCAUCAGGGUGGGGGACCUUGAGCUCCCUGGCUCACUCUGGCCCCCUGGUUCUGUCACCCCUGGAAGCCAGGAUAAGUUCAUGCAGGAGGCUGAGAGGCAGAGCCCCCUGCCCCCUUCAUGGUGGGAGAGGACCCAUGAAGUUACUGCCGAUGAUGAGGAGUCCUUAGGUCAUGGGGAGCAUCUGCUGCCCCACAGCCCUGGCCCCACGCUGCCCUCCUUGUCCCCCACCAAGAUCACUCACACCUCUCGUAGUCCCAGUGAGGUAGAGCUGUGGACACAAGAGACCAUGGCCUGGGAUCCAGCUCUGAAGGGUAGCCUGGGACCUGUGGACAGUGAGCUGGGACCCACCACUGUGGGAGCAGCCACUUCUCCCUCUCCUCCCAUAGCCACUCUGUCAGUGACCCCGGGCCAGAGCAGCCUUCUGGAUUCAGCGGCUCCCACCCUUUCAGCUCUGGGACUGGCCCCAGGGGAGCCACAGACACCGACGAUGCCCAGGGCCUCCCUUCAAACGGCCUUGCCUGGCCUAGAGCGGACGUCCUCAAUGGCCACGCUGAACCCCCCUGAGACGCCCAGCUCUGAGAUGGGCCUAAACUCCACACUGUUGUCCAUACUUGCUCUGGACACUUCCUCCAGCACCAGAGCCCCUGCGGCCCAACCUCCAGACACCAGCCCAACUGAGCAGGGGACCCCUGCAGACGUGCCAGCUGCCAAGAAUGCCAGCUGGGAAGUGGGGAACUGGAGUGAGUGCUCCACCACCUGCGGCCUGGGUGCUGUCUGGAGGCUUGUGCGAUGCAGCUCUGGCCGGGAGGAGGACUGCACCCCCGCCGCCAGGCCCCAGCCUGCCCGCCACUGCCACCUGCGACCCUGUGCCGCUUGGCACACUGGCAACUGGAGUAAGUGUUCCCGCAACUGUGGUGGCGGUGUCUCAGUUCGCGAAGUGCAGUGUGUGGACACGAGGGACCUCCGGCCAUUGCGGCCCUUCCAUUGCCAGCCCGGGCCCACCAAGCCACCAGCCCGCCAGCCCUGUGGGGCCCAGCCCUGCCUCAGCUGGUACACCUCUUCCUGGAGGGAGUGCUCUGAGGCCUGUGGCGGUGGUGAGCAGCAACGGCUGGUGACUUGCCCGGAGCUGGGGCUCUGUGAGGAGGCCCUAAGACCUAACACCACUCGUUCCUGCAACGCCCACCCCUGCACGCAGUGGGUGGUGGGACCCUGGGGCCAGUGCUCAGCCCUGUGCGGUGGUGGCAUCCAGCGGCGCCUGGUCAAGUGUGUCAAUACCCAGACAGGACUGCCCGAGGAGGACAAUGACCAGUGUGACCACGAGCCCUGGCCGGAGAGUUCCCGGCCAUGUGGCACCCAGGACUGUGAGCCGGCUGAGACCCCACGCUGUGAUCGCGACCGGCUGUCCUUCAGUUUCUGCGAGACGCUGCGUCUGCUCGGUCGCUGCCAGCUGCCCACGGUCCGCGCCCAGUGCUGCCGCUCAUGCCCCCCACCAGGCGGUGCCUCGUCCCGCGGCCACCAGAGGGUUGCCCGCCGCUGA